AUGUUCAAAAUCAACAUUGACGGGGCUGUAUUUGCUGAUCAAAAAGUUGCAGUUGUGGGAGCUUUGAUUCGAGAUGAGGAAGGUAAUGUUAUUGGGGCCCUUAGCAAGAAGAUUUCAGCCCCUCUCAAAGCAGUAGAAAUCGAGGCAAAAGCAGUGGAGGUCAGGCUACAAUUCGAUAAAGAUCUUAGUAUACAAGAUUUUAUUCUUGAAGGUGACUCCUUUUUGGUGAUCAAUGCUAUGAAGGAACUCUCUCCGCCACCAUCAUCUGUGGCUGCUAUUAUUUCUAGCUCUUUGUUGGUUUCUCAAGAGUUUAGACAGGUUGUUUUUUCACAUGUCCGUAGGCAAGGCAAUAGGCUAGCUCAUUUAUUAGCUAAAUAUGCUUCUGGCAUAAAUGAUUUUUCAGUUUGGUUAGAAGAGGAGCGUUGUUUCCUUAACCAAGCUCUGAUUCAAGAUGUAACUUACUCUUCUUUGGUCUAA